AAUUUCUCACAGUGUCCCAAAUAAACGAAUUUCGAUUUCCGGCCUCACUUCGUUUUCCCUUUCCAAACACGUAUAUAAAUCAAGCAAGCUGCACCAUGUCGCCGAAAAACUCACUGAGCAAAUCAAAGUGCCAUCAUGGACGGCAAACACUCUUGGACUUAUCUUUAUUUCCUGCUGUUUUUAAUCGUGCAGGAACGAUGCGACGCCUGCGACUGGAUGAUCAGCCAGUUCCGAAUGAAGAACAGCUUCUGUAUCUCAGAGCUGGAGGGCAUGAGUGGAGAGAUUACUUCGAUGCAUGUACCAUUUCCACACCAGGAAUAUUAUGACAUUGAAAUGGCCAAGGUUGAAGAUCAGGUCAGGUUUCUGACUUAUGCCACGGACCAUAUCAUCAAGCUUCUUAAUGCUGUGUCUCUAAAAGAUGACAUAGACUGGGACAGCAAGAAGCUGGAUAAUUUACUGAACGUCCUCGAUUACCGGCAGUUAAAAGAGCUUACAAAAUGUACUGCGACAUAUGCCAGAAGAGCAGGUCACUCAUCCAGUAAGAAAAAACUGAGAAGACACUUCAGGAAAUUGAAGAAAAUGCUGAAUGAUUCUAACUACAGUGCAAACUCUUUGGCGCAAAUCAGGAAUGUGAUGCUGCAGCACCUUCGCAGGAUGGACAUCAUUGCUGCCAAUGUGAGCCAGGAACUGACAAAAAAGACCAACUGAACAAUGGACUGGCUGGUUUAUAAAAGAAAAAAAAAUGAAGCUUUUAACCAUAUGUAUAAUUACUGUCCAAACAUUGGACCAAGUAUAGGACAACGGGGUUUCUGUGUUUAUAAUUGUUUUUUUUUCCUGUUUACAACUUAAAAUUGUUAUUUAAUUAUUAUUUAUUUAUUUGUUUAUUUAUUGAAGACAAUUAUAGUAUUUUGUAUGUGCAUAUUUAUUUGUUAAAUGUAAUAAUGAAACAA